UCCCCAUCUUGCCCCUUCAGAGACCCCAAAUAUUCUGUGGGGCGGAUAUUUCCCCAUCUCAUUCGCUCAUUCCCCUUUGGGCACGAACGGAAGCCUGCUUUCUGGAAUUCAAGUCCAGGCAUACUAAAUGGGAUGUUCCCCUAGGCUUCGUCCCCGGGCUUCAUCUCAAGACCCCCAACCCAGCUUGUCUUCCUCCUCGGACCCUCACAUGGCCAUGUCAUCCCCGCCACCCCCGCCAGCUAAAAAGCGGAAGAUGAACUUCUCGGAACGGGAAGUGGAGAUCAUUGUGGAGGAGCUCGAGCGGAGCAAGCACCUGCUCAUCAACCAUUUCAAUGCCGGUGUGCCGCUGACCGUCAAGGCCGCCGCUUGGCACAACAUCCUGCGGCGGGUGAACGCCGUGGCGACGUGCCGCCGGGAGCUGCCUGAAGUGAAGAAGAAGUGGUCCGACCUCAAGACGGAGGUGCGGCGCAAGAUGGCGCACGUAAGAGCCGCCGUAGAAGAUGGCGAUGGCCAGGAUGGAGGUGGGGAGGGCCAGGAGGCCGAAGAAGACCCCACUGUUGCCUCUGUUGCCCCCAUCAUACUCACCCCCAUGCAGCAACGCAUCUGUAACCUCCUGGGAGAAGCCACCAUCAUCAGCUUGCCUGCGAGAGGCUGUGCUGGGGCCCAUACGUCGGAAAUCCCAAUUACGGCUGCAGCCACCACAGUCACCCUUACGCAGAUUCCAGGAGAGAUGACGUACCACAGCUUGGAGGAGGGGGUCGUAGAGUACUGCACGACCGAAGCCCCCACCACAGUCACCACCGAAGCCCCCUUAGAGAUGAUAGCCCAGCCGGCUGAAGUUUUGGUGAAACCCCAAGAACUGAAAAACAGAAUUGCCCUGAACUCGGCCAAGCUGCUGCAGGAGCAGCGAGUCACCAACCUGCACAUGAAGGAGAUUGCUCAGCACCUCGAGCAGCAGAACGACCUGCUGCAGAAGAUCCGCCGCUCGCAGGAGGUGCAGGCGUGCGCGCAGGAACGCCAGGCCCUGGCCAUGGAAGGGACGCAGGCGGCCCUGAACGCCCUCAUCCAGAUCAUGCACCCCGUGAUUAAGGACUUCAGGCGGUUUUUGCAGAGCAACACCCCUGCCCCUCCAGGGACAGCAGACUCAAGUCAGGCGACUCAGAACGGACAGGACGGCAUCAUUCAGUGAAACCCGGAAAGAGAGAAGUCUUCUGAACACAGGCUUGGCCCAGGAAGGAGGGACGGGUGGCCUGUUUCUUGCCAGCCAGCUGGUUUAAGGCCUCUGUGUAGAAGCCGAAAGCGCCCUCUGGGUUGCUGCCAGGCUCUCUCACGCCCUCCUUUUUUAACUGUCUGACCAUAUGCAGUUUCUCGAACUGACUCUGCUAGGCAUGCCCCAUAACUUAACA